CCCGCAACGUGUUUGCUGUCUUCUGUCCCUCCCAACAUCCCAGCAUGCAAUUUGCUGCUCUCUGACCGGCUCAUUGUCGGAAACAUGGCGGCCAUCAGCAAAUACUUGACAACCAAGAACUCUUCCAUUGCUGGUGGUGUUUUACUAGUUUUGUAUUUUAUCCGACAAAGACGGAGGUCAGCUAAGCCUAACGGAAAGAAAGGGCUUUCAGAGCUGCAGUUGAGCAACGAUAAAGAUGCAAAGAAAGACAGGGCAGCAGUGGACAAGCUAUUCUUCUCACGACUUUGCCGGAUCUUGAAGAUCAUGGUGCCCAGAAUGUUCUGUAAAGAGUCUGGGUACAUGAUCCUCAUUGCCGCCAUGCUGGUGGCUCGCACAUACUGUGAUGUGUGGAUGAUCCAGAACGGAACUAUGAUUGAAAGUGGUAUCAUUAGCAGAGAUAUCAGGCUGUUCAAGAAGCACUUUUAUUCCUAUAUUACUGCCAUACCUCUGAUAGCCCUGAUUAACAACUUUUUGAAGCUGGGGCUCAAUGAAUUGAAACUUCGAUUCCGAGUGAGACUCACCAAGCACCUUUAUGACGAGUACCUGAAAGGUUACACCUACUACAAAAUGGGAAACCUGGAUAACCGCAUUGCUAAUGCUGACCAGCUGCUGACACAGGAUGUAGAGAAAUUCUGUAACAGUGUGGUGGACCUCUACUCCAACCUGAGCAAGCCGCUCCUUGACAUAGGCCUGUACAUCUUCAAGCUGACAAGCGCCAUUGGUGCCCAGGGCCCUGCCUGCAUGAUGACCUACUUGCUGAUCUCCGGGCUCUUCCUGACGAGGUUACGUAGACCCAUCGGCAAAAUGACAGUGACAGAGCAGAGAUACGAGGGAGAGUACAGAUACGUCAACUCCCGCCUCAUCACCAAUAGCGAAGAAAUUGCCUUCUACAACGGCAACAGACGGGAGAAGCUGACGAUUUACCACACUUUCCAGAAGCUGGUUGACCACUUGCACAACUUCAUCUUCUUCCGUUUCUCCAUGGGCUUUGUGGACAGUAUCAUUGCCAAGUACCUGGCUACCGUGGUGGGCUACCUGGUGGUUAGCCGGCCCUUCCUGAAUCUGUCUCACCCUCGCCACCUGCACAGCUCAACUUCAGAACUGCUGGAGGACUACUACCAGAGCGGGCGUAUGUUGCUGCGCAUGUCUCAGGCUCUGGGCAGGAUUGUGCUGGCUGGCAGAGAGAUGACCAGGCUCUCCGGGUUCACGGCUCGGAUUACAGAGCUUAUGAAGGUUCUUAAAGAGCUGAACUCUGGAAAAUAUGAGCGCACCAUGGUCUCUCAACAGGACGGAGGUCAAAUGGACUCACGAGAGAAACUCACUCUGAUCCCUGGAAGUGGACAGAUCAUUCAUGCUGACAAGAUCAUUAAGUUCGACCAUACGCCUCUAGCAACACCCAAUGGUGAUAUUCUCAUCAGGGACCUUAGCUUUGAGGUAAUGUCUGGGACCAAUGUUUUGGUCUGUGGCCCGAAUGGAUGUGGGAAGAGCUCUCUGUUCAGAGUUCUUGGGGAGCUUUGGCCUCUGUUCGGUGGAAGCCUAACCAAACCUGAGAGAGGGAAACUUUUCUACGUGCCGCAGAGGCCGUACAUGACCCUGGGAACCCUAAGGGAUCAGGUGAUCUACCCGGACACCUUUGAUGACCAGAAGAAGAAAGGGAUUUCUGAUCAGGUGCUGAAGGAGUACCUGGACAAUGUCCAACUGGGACACAUCCUGGACAGGGAGGGGACGUGGGACUCUGUGCAGGACUGGAUGGAUGUUCUCAGCGGAGGGGAGAAGCAGAGGAUGGCUAUGGCUCGCUUGUUCUACCACAAGCCCCAGUUUGCCAUUCUGGAUGAGUGCACCAGUGCUGUCAGUGUGGAUGUGGAGGACUACAUCUAUAGCCACUGCAGAACGGUUGGCAUCACCCUUUUCACAGUUUCACACAGAAAGUCCCUGUGGAAGCACCACAAGUACUACCUGCACAUGGACGGGAGGGGCAACUAUGAGUUCAAACCCAUCACUGCGGAGACUGUGGAGUUCGGCUCCUGAAAAAAGCGUGGAUUCAGCACGGCACACCAGGAGAUGUUCAUUAAUUCUGCACUAAAUCAAGUUCCAGUUGUAAACUAAAUUAUUUUUAAUCACUUAUAACUGUUAGCUUUGACACUGUAUUUAAAAAAAGUCCACAAGUCCAAUAAAAAAAACAAAAACGUUUGUUGUUAAUGAUUGUACAUAGGUUGUCGCUAAUAUCUUUAAUAUUGUCCGGAUGGAUACAGUGCAUUGACCUCAUGGGCUAAUCUGAAAUUAAUUAUGUUUUCACCACUUUACAGGGAUUCGGUUGAGUUUUUAACCAGGAAAACCUAGUGCACACUGGUGUAAAUGCAAGAAUCUUGUUUAAGCGUUCUUGUUUUGUCUAUUACAGGGAUAGGGCUACCCUGUUCUUAGAGUACUAGAUGCUGCUGGUUGUUCCAGUCAGUCCAAUAGUUCCCUAAUGGGAAGAGUCAUCAUGCCACAUCUGUACUGAUGUUCAUGUGCCUACGGCGCGACAUAGCUAAUGAUUGAAAGGCCUUGUAAAUGCGAAUGAUCGAGAGUGUUCCAGGGGAAAGGUCAUUCGCCCUAGCUUUAGGAAAUCGAAGGGUUGUGGGAUCCGCCAACCUUGAGUCUUUCUUUUCUUUCAUUAAUCAAAUUAGAUGCCUGUUUGCCUCUUUCCAGUGUAACGUAACCAUCAUCUAUUGUAAGUCAGUUUAGAAACUGUUCAAAAAUAGAAGACUGAAGCUCAUGGUUUUGUAGUGGUAACCGCAAUAAUGUAUGAAGACAGUACUCCCAGAUUAGCGCAUGGACCUGGUUUAAGCUGUAAACUGUACAUUUUCAUUAAAAGACUUGAUCUAAAACCUC